AUGGCCUUCAUUUGGAUGAGUAGAAAAGGAGUUAUAGCCAAAAGAGUGAAGGCUGCUCCAGACGGCUCUAUCGAGAAUCAGCGCCCGAACGCGCAGUCCGGCUGGCCGAGGAACGAAUGUUCCGCGCUCGGCCAAACUGUGUCCGUCCGACUGAAGUCUCGGCCAAAGUCCAAAACCACUCGGCCGAUCACGCAUCACGACCCGGGUUUAGGGUUUAGGGAUAGGAAAGGGGAAGACCUGAUCCCGCGAUCAGCCGCAUCACCAACUAAAACCGUGGAGCCGGCGUUAAGGAGAAGCAAGCGGAAGAGGAAAACCGGCGCAUCACCACCUCCAACGUCUUCAACUUAG